UUUGUUUUUUUGCAGACGUUACUCACACCGGGCCCAGGAGAAAGGUCGCACCUACAGCUGGGCUCAGAACCCCGGCAUGGAUCACAACUACUCCGGACCUGGAGGGGCGCUGUACGGACGCCUCUGCUACAGCAGCCACACUUUGCCUGUUCUGCGAAGAGCACCAGGGGGCGCCUUUGAACCGGGCCUGGCUGAGCUGGGGUAUCGCUUCCCUGGAGGCCAGCCUGACCACUCCCUGGUCAUCCAGAACCAGGCGGCCAUGGUGGGGACCAUGGAGUCGGGGGCAGUUUACAUCGGCGCUGCGGACCUCGGUGUGGGAAGUCGAAUAGGAAGUUGCGCGGGGAGCCGCGACGGGACGGCGCCGAGCGGAGUCAGCACGUCAGACGGAGGGACCCCGAGGACCUGCGACAGCCAGGAGAGAGGAGGGGGGACGAGAGCUGGGAGCAACUGCACUGAGGGCAGCGGCGAGGACAAGGUGAACCACGGUCAGGAUGGAGACUGGGUGCAGCCAGAGACCCUGUCCAGGGAGCCUAAUCUGGUCAUGACCCGAUCCGGCUCCAUGGUCGGCCAGGGCCACGGGGUAGGAAGCUGGAUGGGCGACUCCUCCACGCUCCCUCUGGCGGGGCGCCGGGCGUCUCGUUCUGGAUUAUCCCCCAAACGCACCAGCUCCAGCCAGGCCGAGUCUGACUCCAGCGGGGGAGGCGGAGGGGGAGGGAAUGAUAACGGGAGCUUCUCCGCAGAUGGACAGCAGCAGCUUCCUGCCAGUGGACGCAACUAUGCCAGUGUCCUGCAGGGGGAGCUGUCUGGACACAGGGACUACGCCGGCACCCUGGGGAGGGGUGGACUGGAGAUGGGGAGCAACUUUGUGGUGUCCAGGCCAGACAGGGAGGGAGGGGGCAUAUCAGUGACCGGGACCCCGCCUGGCUUUAUCGGGGACUGGCGUGAUGGGGUGGGUUUGGGGGGCUUCAUUUUGGGGAGGAGGGAUAUGAGCCCGCAGCUUUUGCCCUUUCCGGGGCAACCUCGAGGAGCGUACAGUGGAGUGGUGGGCUUUGGAGCCGGUUGGGUUCCGGGGAUGGAGGCGACGAGAGGUAGCCAUGGGCACGGGGGGCCCUCCUUGGCGUUGAGGGUGGGGGAGUUCCUGCGUCUGCGUCUGGCCCAGGUCACCUUUGACCCCUCGCAGCCACCGUACGACUCGGUGCAGGUGUUCGGCCUGGAGGGAACAGGCUCCCGGGCGGGGUCGCUCAGCUCCCUGGAGAGUGAAGGGGAGAAGGAUCCAGAGAAGGAGGAUUGGGGGGCUGGGCUGGAGGAGUGGGGUCCGCAGUUCCACAAGUUAUCCCAACUGUUUAAGGAGAGAGAGAAGGAGAGGGAGGAGAAGGAAGAGGUGAAAGAAACCAGAGAUGAGGCCGAGAAAAAGGAGAGAAGAGAGAGGGAUGGAGAGGAGGGGAAAGACUGAGGGGGAGAGGGGAGGAAAAAAAAAACAACAAAUGGGGCAAAAGGGGGGUCGAGAGGGAGAGAGGGAAUAGGAGGAUGAUGAAAAGGCAACUGGAGCUGAAAUAAUGUGAAGAGAAGUUAAAGGGGAGAAAGAUGAAGAGGCAAAGUAAUAAAAAGAGACGGAGAAAAAUGAGCCCAGGGAGGAUUGAGAGGGUGAGGGCAGGGGAGGGAGUGAUUGAUGUAAUUUAAAGCAAUAAGUGUUGAAACACUGAUAUGGUUGAGCACAGACACUGAGACGAAGCAGAGGCCGCUCCUGCUGGAGGCAG